UUUUUAUUUUAAGCUGGUCAGACUUUUAGGCAGUGUCCAUCUCGGACUGGUGGAAUUCAUUGCUGCGUUUCUGUCAACUCACUUUUUCCAAAUUACAUGGAAAUCAUUGGAUUAUUACUAACAUUCUUCAAUAAACUAAGCUAAACCAAUGUUGCACAAAUAAUUCCACAGAAAUUAUUAGACAAUAAAAAUGCUUACUAAGCUACUUGCCAGUCAUACAUUUGUAGCACAUGCUUCAGUUUACAAAAAUAUCUUUGAUUGCCUGAGGGUGAUUCUUACUUGGCAAAGGUGACUAAAUGAAUAGCUGUUUACAAGCCCAAAAUAAACCAUUUAACUGUAUUUAAGGAGACUUCUGUAUCUCUUGAGCAUUACGGUAUUUUUAGUACCUUCUGUAGAGAACCUCCUUAAAUUGCACAUAUGUUACUGUUCCUAUAUAUGUGUGUCUCUCUAUCACAUAAUCAGCACUUCUUUCCUCAGCCAAAUGGCUAGGGGUCGAGCCUAGCCAAGAUUUUACCUCCAAUGGACGCAAGUUUCUUUGGUGAAGAUUUCUCCUGAGAGUUCGAGACUAGCAGAAAGAAGCGAGGAAAUUGCGACCGUUUGGUUCUUACGGAUAGGUAUUUAUGUAUUUGGGUUUGUGUAAAUGUAACAUUGCCUUUCCACAAAAAAUAUGUAUUUUAUCAAGGGUGUUGAAUGGUUGAACCAUAAACGGUAAGAACAAUGGAGGAAUUGGUUCUUUUUUAACUAGUAAGAUCUUUUGUAAUAGUCUUAAAGGGGGAUUUGAAACCUAUAUUUUUUAUAAAAAAAAUCGUAGUGGGUGAGAAGUGAUUAGUCAGAUUAAAAUACUGAUUUAAUUCAAAUUAAAUAUUUUUUUUUCAAAUGUGUGUGGUAAGUAUUUGUAUAGUGGCAGAAACUAAAGCCCAAAGUUCUUCCAUUGACCAUAUAUUUCAUGUUGCAGGUAUGAUGGGCGUGGUCACCUGCAUGACCUUUCUGAAUAUGAUGCUGAAUAUUCCACAUGGAACAGAGAUUACCAGUUGUCUGAAGAGGAGGCUAGAAUAGAAGCCCUCUGUGAUGAAGAGAGAGGAAGAAUAUAAGAGACUCAGUGAAGCUUUGGCAGAAGAUGGUACCUAUAAUGCAGUGGGAUUCACUUACAGUAGUGAUUAUUAUGAUCCUUCAGAGCCCACUGAGGAGGAGGAACAGCCUUCAAAAGCAAAAGCUGCUGCGGCCAAGGCAGAACAUGUAGAGGAAAAUGAAGAACCAUAUGUUGCUCCUUUGGGACUGAAUGUACCAUCUGACGUGGAGCUGCCACCGACAGCAAAAAUGCAUGCAAUCAUAGAACGGACUGCAAAUUUCGUCUGCAAGCAGGGGGCUCAGUUUGAGAUUAUGUUGAAGGCAAAACAAGCUCGGAACUCUCAGUUUGACUUUUUGCGGUUUGACCACUACCUCAACCCUUACUACAAGUUUAUUCAGAAAGCUAUGAAGGAGGGGCGAUAUGCUGCCACUUCAGAAAAGAAAAAAGAAGAGGAAAAAAAUGCAGGAGGUACUGAUGAUGAAGAUGAUGACUAUGAUGGAGAUAACUACCUGCACCCAAGCCUCUUCGCUUCUAAAAAGCACAGUAGACUUGAAGAGCUUAUGAAGCCUUUAAAGGUGGUGGACCCUGAUCACCCACUGGCAGUGCUUGUUCGCAAGGCUCAGGCUGACAAUAACUUGGCUGCCCCACAGCCAGCUGAGGGAGCAGCUGUUCAGUCGUCACAAAUAGAAUAUUCUUCAGAUCCAACUGUGGCAGCCAUGUAUUACAGUUACUACAUGCUGCCAGAUGGAUCAUAUUGCCUCGCCCCUCCUCCCCCAGGAAUUGACAUGGCAACUUAUUACAAUGCACUGCCAGCAGGAGUGACUGUGUCUAGCACUACAGGAGUAGCCACAAUGACAGCACCACCUCCUCCUGGCACUACACCACCACCAUCUUCAGAGGCAACUGAUGACACCAGUGGUGUAAUGCCUGCCACGACUACUUCAACAAGCACAAUUCCUUCUGUGGUCACCAUCAUCCCCCCACCCCCAGACAUCCAGCCUGUGAUUGACAAGUUAGCUGAAUAUGUUGCUAGGAAUGGGAUUAAAUUUGAGACCAGUGUCCGUGCCAAGAAUGAUCUAAGGUUUGAGUUCCUGCAACCUUGGCACCAGUACAAUGCCUACUAUGAAUUUAAGAAGCAGUUUUUCCUUCAGAAAGAGGCCAGUGACAGCUCAAAGCAGGUAGCAACUUUAUCGGAGGAUGUCCCUGCUGAUACUGCCAACACUGAACCUGGAGAAGCCCAGUUUCCCACUGACAACAUGUCUGAAGAUGUAGAAUCUGCUGCCCAAGGAAAUGAUAAACAAGAUGCACUGGCCAUUAAAAUUGCCAAUGAUGGCAAACUGGUGAAAGCAUCCUUUGCACCAAUAAGCUUUGCAAUCAGGGCCAAAGAAAAUGACAUGCUCCCCUUGGAGAAAAACCGUGUGAAACUUGAUGAUGACAGCGACGAGGAGGGGGAAGAAGGCAAGGAAGGCCAAGAGAAUGCCAGUAGCACCUCAAACAGCCAUUCAGCAUUUGCCAUGUCCAGUGGGGCUGCUGAAGAGAAGAAGCCUCAGCUGACACAGGAGGAGCUGGAAGCCAAACAAGCAAAGCAGAAACUAGAGGACAGAUUAGCGGCGGCGGCAAGGGAAAAGCUAGCCCAAGCCUCCAAGGAAUCGAAAGAAAAGCAGCUUCAGGCGGAACGAAAAAGAAAAGCUGCACUGUUCUUGCAGAACCUGAAGAAUCCCCUGGCAGAUGCAGAGGUUGAGAAGAUGGAGGAGCAUGCCUUCAAUUUAGAGACUGUUGGUAACAUGCAGUGUCCCCUGUUGACUGGCAUCAGGACAUUGCCAACCUUGGAAGCAAAGGCACCUGAAAGACCUUCAAGCAGAAGCAGAGAUCUGCCCAGGGAAGAAGAGCGGGAGAAAAAGAAAAAAAAGCACAAGAAAAGAUCCCGAUCAAGGUCAAGGUCGCCUCCUUCCAAAUAUCACUCUUCGUCUAAAUCCAGGGUUCGAUCACAUUCAAAAGCCAAGCACUCACUUCCCACUGCCUAUAGAACUGUCCGGCAUUCCAGGUCUCGCUCAAGAUCACCCAGGAGAAGAGCUCACACACCUGAAAGGCGGAGGGAGGAGAGGAGCGUCCCAACUGCAUAUCGUGUCAGCAACAGUCCAGGAAUGAGUAGGCGGCGCACACGUUCCAGAAGUCCCCAUGAAAAGAAGAAAAGGAGAUCUCACUCCCACACCAAGUCCAAAGCGAGGUCUCAUUCGCCAUCCAUCUCUCCAGGCAAACAAUCUGCACAUAAGAACUCCACCCAUUCAGCCAGUGUCUCUCCUGUGGAGAGUAGGGGAUCCAGCCAAGAACGUUCUGGGGGAGUUUCUUUGGAAAAGGACGGCCAGAUCUCUUCAGCAAUUGUGUCGUCAGUGCAGAGUAAAAUAACUCAGGAUCUUAUGGCCAAGGUGAGGGCAAUGCUCGCAGCUUCCAAAAACAUCCCAACUAGUGCCUCCUGAGACCAGAAAGAGGGACUCUUCAGAAUACCGUGUACAGAAGAAAACUUGGUUCCAGUGGUUCCCAACAGCAGAGUUCAAGGAGCUGAAAUCCUUGUUGUGUACAGAAGAUCUCAUUGGAACUUCAACGAUUUUUCCACGUCAAACUUCCUUUUGAUAAAAUAAGCCUUUGGGGGUUUUGUAAAUUACGUUUUGACCAGUUCUUCAGUAAGAAUCUUACCAUGAGCAAUGUCUGUAUAUUUGUAAAUACAAUGUUCCUGCGGAUGUUAACACAAAUUAAAAUGCAGAUAAACAAUUUUUAUUAGAUA